AUGGAGCCAGGCAAAGAGAGAGCCCUCCCUACCACUAAAGAGGGACUAAAACAGAUCGCAGGAAAGGCCCUCGGGAAUCUGUACAGGAGGCUGGAAAAACGGCAGCAAACAAGUGAGGCGAUCGAGCUGACGGAGGAUGGGAGACCCAGGGAGGACCAGGAGCGGAAGACGCCCCUGUGUGACUGCACAUGCUUCGGGCUUCCGCGCAGAUACAUCAUCGCUAUGCUGAGCGGGAUCGGCUUCUGCAUCUCCUUCGGUAUCCGGUGUAACUUGGGUGUGGCCAUCGUCAGUAUGGUUAAUAACAGCACAAUCCAUCAAAACGGGAAAAUCAUCAUCAAAGAGAAAGCUAAAUUCAACUGGGAUCCAGAGACUGUGGGGAUGAUCCACGGAUCCUUUUUCUGGGGUUACAUAAUUACGCAGAUUCCAGGAGGGUAUAUUUCCUCAAGACUGGCCGCAAACAGAGUUUUCGGGGCUGCCAUUGUGCUGACAUCCACCCUGAACAUGUUCAUUCCCUCUGCUGCCCGGGUGCACUAUGGAUGUGUCAUCUUUGUGAGGAUAUUACAAGGGUUGGUGGAGGGUGUGACUUACCCAGCCUGCCAUGGGAUCUGGAGUAAAUGGGCUCCACCUCUGGAGAGAAGUCGUCUGGCAACCAUCUCCUUCUGUGGAUCCUAUGCUGGUGCAGUGAUAGCCAUGCCUCUGGCCGGGAUCCUGGUCCAGUACACAGGAUGGUCCUCCGUCUUCUACGUGUACGGAUCCUUUGGGCUUAUUUGGUACAUGUUCUGGAUCCUGGUGUCGUAUGAGAGUCCAGCUGAGCACCCGACCAUCAGCGACGAGGAGCGGCGUUACAUCGAGGAGAGCAUCGGUGAGAGUGCUCAGCUGAUGGGUGCCAUGGAGAAAUUCAAGACCCCCUGGAGGAAAUUCUUCUCCUCUAUGCCCGUCUAUGCAAUCAUUGUGGCCAACUUCUGCAGGAGCUGGACCUUUUAUCUGCUCCUCAUCAGCCAGCCAGCGUACUUUGAAGAGGUGUUUGGCUUUGAAAUCAGCAAGGUUGGAAUUGUGUCAGCUCUUCCUCACCUGGUCAUGACCAUCAUCGUGCCACUGGGAGGACAGUUAGCCGACUACCUGCGGACUCACAACAUCAUGUCCACCACUACGGUCCGGAAAAUCAUGAACUGUGGAGGGUUUGGGAUGGAGGCCACUCUCUUACUCGUCGUCGGUUAUUCUCACAGUAAAGGUGUGGCCAUAUCUUUCUUAGUCCUGGCGGUGGGUUUUAGCGGUUUUGCAAUAUCAGGUUUCAAUGUCAACCAUCUAGACAUCGCUCCUCGCUAUGCCAGUAUCCUCAUGGGUAUAUCCAACGGUGUGGGUACUCUGUCAGGGAUGGUCUGCCCUCUAAUAGUGGGAGCCAUGACAAAGAACAAGACCCGAGAAGAGUGGCAGUACGUCUUCCUCAUUGCUUCACUGGUGCAUUAUGGGGGUGUGGUGUUCUAUGGGAUAUUUGCAUCUGGGGAGAAACAGCCAUGGGCCGAUCCCGAAGAAACCAGCGAAGAGAAGUGCGGCUUUAUAGAUGAAGACGAGCUGGCCGAGGAGACGGGCGACAUCACGCAGGGAUACGGCACCAUGGGGGGUCCGGCUAAAAGCUACGGGGCCACGGCUCAGCUCAACGGAGGCUGGGUUCAGGACUGGGAUAAGACGGAAGAGUAUGUGCAGGAGCCGGCGGGAAAGAUGUACGCUGAGGGUGGCUACUCUUAG